CCACAUCAUCAGUAAGUUUUAAUCUAGCCUAUAACAGCAACCUGAAGCCAGUCAUUGUCAUCACAUUUGCAAGGCUUCCCUGUAAGGCUUAUCCCAUAGAGACCUUCAUUUAUCUGUUCUGCUGACGUCUGCUGACGAAGACAGCAGUCAUGAAUUGGUCUGCACUGGAGGUCCUCCUCAGCGGGGUCAACAAAUACUCCACUGCGUUCGGCCGCGUCUGGCUCUCCGUGGUCUUUGUCUUCCGGGUGAUGGUGUUCGUAGUGGCGGCUCAGCGAGUGUGGAGUGACGACAGCAAGGACUUUGUGUGCAACACGGCCCAGCCCGGCUGCAACAACGUGUGCUACGACGCCGUCUUCCCCAUCUCCCACAUCCGCCUGUGGGCCCUGCAGCUCAUCUUUGUCACGUGUCCCUCCUUGAUGGUGACGUGUCACGUAAAAUAUCGUGAGAAGAAAGACCUGGAGUACACCACCUCACACAAGGGGGCUCAUCUGUACGCCAACCCUGGGAAGAAACGUGGAGGUCUGUGGUGGACCUAUUUGGUCAGCCUGUUUUUCAAGGCAGGCUUUGAUGCCGGCUUCCUCUACAUCCUCCACUAUAUUUAUGAAGGCUUCGACCUGCCCAAAAUGUCUAAGUGCUCUCUGGAGCCGUGCCCCAACACGGUGGACUGCUUCAUUUCCCGGCCUACCGAGAAAAAAAUCUUCACCAUCUUCAUGGUGGCCUCCUCAAUCGUCUGCAUCUUAAUGUGCAUUUGUGAAAUGAUAUACUUCAUCUGCAAACGCAUGUUGAAACUCAGAAGAAGGAGGAAUGAAAUGCUGAGGAAGGAAUUCGCCGACAAUCAAGAAAUGACAGCACUGGUGGCACCCAGGUCGGAGUUCAGGUCCAAAACUUCGAUCCGAAUGGACCCCACCGCCUCGAUACACAACCUCAAUAACAUGACGGCUGAGGGUCUUAGAAACAAUUCACAACGUUAAAAUAGCAAGUUGGAGAACAUUUAAGGAGCUAAGAAUCUCUCAGAUUCUGUGGAUGGCAGCUUUUCAGAAACUUCAUCGAUUCAAUGAUGACUGGAAUGGCUUCCUGCUUGAAGGCACCAUUUAAACAUGUAAAUACAUGCAAACACAAGCAGCAUGAGAAAUGCAUAAACAUUUAUUCACUACUCCUUACACAACAUACUGUACAUAUUGAAAAGAAACAAAUUACAUUCUCCCAUCCCUCAUGCACUCAACAAAGACUUUACAGUCCGUAUACUCAAAAGUGUAGGACAAAAGUAAACAUAAACUACAACACUAAACAUGUUUGCGUCUAAAUGUUGCAAACACUAGCUGGUCCUAAUUCUCCUUGUUUUGGUCCACAAGUUUCUAGUUAUUCAGGCAAAUCAACUGAACUAAAGUGUAAUGGCAUUGUAAUAUUCAUGCUACCCAUGUCAUAAUUCAUUAAUUCAUUUAUCUUCCGUUCCGCUUAUCCUCACAAGGGUCGAGGGCAUGCUGAAGCCUAUCCCAUAUAAACACAUAUAAACAAACAACCAUUCGCACUCAUAUUCAUAUCUACGGGCAAUUCAGAGUCUUCAAUUAACCUGCCAUGCAUGUUUUUGGGUAGGUGGGAGGAAACCGGAGUACCCCGAAAGAACCCACGCAGGCACGGGGAGAACAUGCAAACUCCACACAGGCGAGGCCGGGAUUUGAACCCGGGUCCCCAGAACUGUGAGGCAGACGUUCUAACCAGUCGCACACCGUGCCACCCCAUGUCAUAAUAUUUCAGAAAUUGAAUCCCAAAGCUGAGCUUCUCUUUAAAGGGGAACAUUCGAGUCAUAUCAUUUUGUGUUUAUUCUACCAACUGAUUAUGAUGUUUUUAUUUUGUAUUUAGCAAAGAAGCCCCAUAAAGAUAUAUUUUUUUACUUUUUUUUUCCCCCAUUUGCAUUCUUUAUGUUGACCAUGUUUGUAAAACAGUACAUAAAGGGGUAAAUGGGUUUUCAUUUGUGUAAGUCUUGUCCACCUUUAAGGCACUCAAAGCACUUUAACACUGUCUCAUGAUUCACCUAUUGAUGACGCAGCAUCAGGAGCGACUGGGGAUUCUGUACCUUGCUCAAGGGCACUUCGGCAUCGUCACAGGGCACAGGAUCCAACCCACAAACUUUCAGAUUGUGAGAUGACAACUCUACCGCCUGGGCUAUGAUGGCUCAAUAAAAUCUCUUUUGGUUUCAUUUUCGCUCAUGGCGGAAAAUCACCCUGAACAGUUGUUACAGCAAAACAAGUUUGAUUGGAUUCUUAAUUGUGGAAAAUAUCAAAAGUGGAAUUCUGAACUAUCAGAGUCAACUGUCACCUCUAAUUGUCUAGUUCCAUUUACAACACUUACCUGUAAGAUAUAAGCCUUUGUGUUAAUUACGUUCCAAACAUACAAACAUAUAACUUUUCAUCUUGCCACUGUUACGAUAAUAACAUGUACUUGGUAGUCACUUUUUAAUGCCAUUUUUCUUUUUUUUCUUUUUUUUGUGACAUUGUGCAUGCAAAUAGAUGUUUAUGUGGUUAAAGAGCCCAACGAGAGAAUGUACAGUAUGUGAUGAAAGUAAACAAUAUGGUAAUGACAUAUCUGUACAUAAUGAUGUUUGCUUAAAUUUCUUUAAUAAAGGGUGAAAAGUAUUGUAUUGCAGAUUGUCAGUUGAAGUUACUAAUAUUGUACAUUACAGCUAAAUAACUUUUUUUAUGUUAAAUAAACAAUUCUCAGCAUAGU